CAGAAUCCCCCUUUACUACAUACUCAAGUCUGCCAUUUAAAAGCUCUAAUUCGGACCCAUAUACCUCGUUUUCUUCUUCUUCUUCUUCUUGAACACAAAGUGUUAGAAAUAUGUUGUGUUCUCAUACGGUGUUUUCUUUACGUGUGAUGUUUUGGUUCUAUGUUAUUCUCCUGUGGCUUGGUGCAUGUGAAGGGAAGACGGAGCUACCAAAGAACUUGAAUAUAAAGGCAGUUCUUGUGUUUGGAGAUUCCAUCGUUGAUCAAGGAAAUAACAACAAUAUAACAACGUUAAUCAAGUGCAAUUUUCCACCUUAUGGGAAAGACUUCAUUGAUGGAAAGCCAACUGGAAGGUUUACUAAUGCCAAAACGCCGGCGGACUUGAUAGUGGAAGAACUGGGCAUUAAAGAGUUAAUGCCAGCUUAUCUUGAUCCAAAAUUGCAAGCUGAAGAUCUUAAAACUGGAGUAAGUUUUGCAUCAGGAGCUUGUGGAUACGACCCUCAAACAGCUGUUAUCACGUCCGUAAUACCACUAUCAACACAAUUGAAUUAUUUUCAAGAAUAUGUUGGGAAGCUAAAGGGAUUGGUUGGAGAAAAAGAAGGCAACGACAUACUACACAACAGCUUAUACUUAGUGGUAGCCGGCAGCAAUGACCUUGCCAACACCUACUUCACCGUUGGACUUCGCCAGAAGCAGUAUGAUAUUAACUCAUAUACUGAUCUUAUGGUGGACGGAGCUGCUGAUUUUAUCCAAGAAUUGUACAAGUUGGGAGCAAGAAAGAUAGGGGUAUUUGGGAUUCCACCAGUUGGGUGCUUGCCAUUCCAGAGAACAGUGAGUGGAGGAAUAUUUAGAAUGUGUGUGGAGGAAUACAAUGAAGCUGCACUAUUGGCCAACACUAAGUUAUCAGCUGCCAUUAAUGAUUCACUAUCCAAGAAAUUGCCUCAAUCCAAGCUCGUUUUCAUUGACCUCUACGAUCCUAUGCUUGAUCUCAUCGUCAACCCUCAAAAAUAUGGAUUUGAAGUGGUAGAAAAAGGAUGCUGUGGAACAGGAAACAUAGAGGUGCUAAUGCUAUGCAAAUACGGUGGGACAUGUGAAGAUGACACAAAAUAUUUGUUCUGGGAUAGUUAUCAUCCCACUGAAAGAGGCUACAGGAUCCUUGUUGAUCAAAUGAUGAAAAAGUAUAUCAAUAGUUUCACAUAAAAAAGUAUAUCAGAUUGCUUCAUCACCGUCCUCUCAUAUCUGUAUUUGAUUGAAAUACUUUUUAUGUUCUUUUACAGAGUGUGUUUGUAUCCUGUACAAGUUUGAACUUUUGUAGUUUGUACCUUUUUUUUCUUUCAUUUACUCCUAAAGGAUGUUUUGUUUUUGUUGAGAUUUAUGUACUAUAUGAUGGUCUAAAUAUGAUAGCAAAAUGUAAAUUAGCCUGGG